AAAUAUAUAAAAGAAACAAAGAUUCUCUCUCUCUCUGAAAUGGUCACGUGCAGUGUUCCAUUCCGACAAAACCCAUCUCUCAUUUUACAAAACUCGACCAAAGCCACAAUCUUCCCCUGUUCUAUUUCCUCCUCCACUCCCUCUCCAUAAGGAAGCAAUCAGUCUCUCAUUCUUCAGCUUCCAUGGAGUCUCGUCCACAAGUUUCCCCCGGUUUCUACAAAAACCAAUCUCUGGUUUCGAUCAACAACGCCAUUGAUCAGACCAUGGCUUCACUUCGAAGCCGUUCCUUAUCUCUCUGUCUCCACUUGAUGUUACUUCUCCUUCUCUUUGUUCGUCCCGGCUCGAGCCAAGCUUGGGACGGAGUGGUGAUAACUGAGGCUGAUUACCAAGGCCUUCAAGCCUUCAAGCAAGAACUCAUUGACCCAAAAGGGUUCUUGAGAAGCUGGAACGAUUCUGGAUUCGGUGCUUGCUCUGGCGGUUGGCCCGGGAUCAAGUGUGCUAAAGGUCAAGUUAUAGUGAUUCAGCUCCCAUGGAAGAGUCUUGGAGGUCGAAUCACCGAGAAAAUCGGACAGCUUCAAGCCCUUCGCAAGCUUAGCCUCCACGAUAACCAGCUCGGUGGUUCAGUUCCUCUGUCUUUGGGACUCAUCCCCAAUCUCAGAGGAGUUCAGCUCUUCAAUAACCUUCUUUCGGGUUCUAUUCCUCCUUCUCUGGGUUCCUCUCCUCUGCUUCAGACGCUUGACCUCAGCAAGAACUCUCUCUCUGGUUUCAUCCCAGAUGGUCUUGCCAAUUCCACCAAGCUCCUCAGGUUGAAUCUCAGCUUUAACUCGCUUUCGGGUCCAAUACCAGUGAGUUUAACUAGCUCUGUCUCUCUUCAGUUUCUUGCUCUUGAUCACAAUAACCUCUCUGGUUCGAUACCUGACACCUGGGGGGGUCAGAGCCAAAACACUUCCACUGAUCUCAAGGUCUUGUCUCUUGAUCACAACUCCAUUUCUGGUAGAUUUCCAGCUUCAUUAGGAAGUUUAUCUCAGCUACAAGAUGUCUCCUUUAGCCACAACCGGAUUACCGGGUUCUUACCUGUUGAGUUAGGCAACCUCACUAAGCUUAGAACAAUUGAUUUUAGCGUUAAUGCCAUUACUGGGCCGAUCCCUUCGACCCUGGGGAACCUUUCUUCGCUGAGACAUCUCGAUCUGUCUCACAACAAACUUACCGGAGAAAUCCCAACUUCACUCUCCGAUCUCAAGAUCCUUACCUUCUUCAAUGUCUCCUUCAAUAACUUGUCUGGUCCUGUCCCUUCACUGUUGUCCCAAAUGUUCAGUUCGAGCUCUUUCAUCGGUAACAUUCAACUGUGCGGAUACAGCAUUUCGACACCAUGCCCUUCUAUAGAACCUUCUCCGCCUCCAGAAGGAGCAAGGAAACCCCGUGGUGGAAAACUGACAACAAAAGACAAAAUCCUCAUUGCAGCUGGAGCCCUCCUCGUGGUUCUGCUCAUACUUGUCUGCAUUCUCCUCUGUUGCUUGCUGCAAAAGAAAACCGAUCGGACCAAACCAAAUGGCGGCAUUGAGGUCGGCGCUGCAGCAGCGACUAGGGCUGAGAAGGGGGCCCCACUUGGCGGUGUAGGUGAAGCCAGUGGUGAAGCAGGAGGAAAGUUGGUUCACUUUGAUGGACCGAUGGCUUUCACUGCUGAUGAUCUUCUGUGUGCAACUGCAGAGAUAAUGGGGAAAAGCACUUAUGGAACUGUUUACAAGGCCACACUGGAAGAUGGAAGUCAAGUUGCAGUGAAGAGAUUGAGAGAAAAGAUCACGAAAGGCCAGAAGGAGUUCGAAAGCGAGGUUAACGUUCUGGGAAGAAUCCGACAUCCAAAUCUCCUCGCUCUUAGGGCUUAUUACUUGGGUCCCAAGGGAGAAAAGCUUGUUGUUUUCGAUUACAUUCCUAGAGGAAGUCUUGCAACAUACCUCCAUGCACGAGGGCCGGACAUUCGUAUCGAUUGGCCAACAAGGAUGAAGAUCAUAAAGGAUAUGGCUCGAGGCUUGUUCUACCUCCAUGCGCAUGAGAACAUCAUCCAUGGAAACCUGACAUCCAGCAAUGUGCUUCUUGACGAGAACAUAAACGCAAAGAUAUCAGAUUACGGCCUUUCCCGGCUGAUGACAGCAACUGCAGGCUCGAGCGUGAUUGCAACAGCUGGCGCCUUAGGAUACAGAGCACCAGAGCUCUCCAAGCUGAAGAAAGCCAACACGAAAACAGAUGUCUACAGCCUCGGCGUCAUCACGCUGGAGCUUCUGACGGGAAAAUCUCCGAGCGAGGCAUUGAACGGCGUUGAUUUGCCGCAGUGGGUUGCCUCCAUUGUUAAAGAAGAGUGGACUAACGAGGUUUUUGAUUUGGAACUCAUUAGAGAUGCAAAUGUGAUAACUGGCGAUGAGCUUCUCAACACAUUGAAACUGGCUCUACACUGUGUGGAUCCUACGCCUUCAGAUAGACCCGAAGUCCAGCAGAUUCUUCAGCAGCUUGAAGAGAUCAGACCCGAGACGAUAUCCGACCCCGUUGAUCCUACAGCUGCUGCUUCCACGAGCCAGUAGGAGACCCGACUUCUCGAGAAAUGGGCCAUCGUUAAAAUUUUGGGUAAAAGUUACAAAUUCAUUGAUUCAUUCUUGAACUAGGUUUUGUUGUUUUUUUAUCAGUUUGUGUCUGUAAAUACAGUAACUAUUCCAGUUUCUUGUUUGUCACGUUUCAUCUGAUCUUGCAAUAGAAAACAUUAACCAUUCCGACCA